UGGUGGAACUUGACUUUCACUGAUGAUGCCUUGCAUCAUCCCUAGAACCUGGACGGGUUUCCACUCAAGCUUCAGCCUGCACUAAAUGUAACACAUCGAGACUCAAGAUCGUAUUCAACAUUUCUGCCAUCUAUUUUGUGUCUGUCUGUCUUUGCAACUGUUCCGACAAAAUUGCUGCGCCAUGGCCUCAAUAGGGCCGCAACUCCCCCCACAUCUUCAGAAACGCAAGCGCACGCCUGACGAGCACGACGAUGAGGAAGAGUCGCGACGAUCGCCCAAGGCAUCGCGACGAGAGAAUCGCGACGAGAUUUCCCUAGACGAGUCAUCUGACGACGAGUUUGGCCCCAGAGCGCCAGCGUCCAGAGAAGCCUCGGGGCCGCACAGAAACCGACCCAUCGGUCCCACUCGGCCAGUCGCACCACCGACAUCCGAUCGAGGUGCGCGCCAGGCCGGGGACCGUAGCAGCGGCGCAAUGGCUCCAGGGGCCGCCAGAAACCCAGAAAGGCCGGAAAUUGGCCCUACAAGACCGCCACCUGUCAUAGGUCCCACCGCCAACAAUGGAGACGAGAUCCCCCUCGAUGACGGCUCCGGUUCAGAACCAGACAUCGGCCCUGCUGCGCUGGCGCCGACCCGUCCCAGUGCGCCGAAGCGCGUCCUUGGGCCCGCGCCACCGCCGGCCGACCUUUCCGAGCGCCCCAAAACGGGGCCCAACUCGGACAGCGAUGACGACGAUGACGGCUGGGGGCCAGCGCUACCCUCACAAGCCGGCGCCUCUUCGCGAUCAACAGGAACAGGGGCAGGUCGUUUCGGACCCGCGUUUCCGCCUCCCGAGCAGCCGGCCGGGCCAGCCAAGCGCGACGACUGGAUGGUGGCGCCACCGACGAGCAGCUGGUACCGCGCGCCGGACCCGACGAAGCUGAAGAGCCGCAAGUUUGCGAGUGGGCGGUCUGUGGCCGGGUCCGACGCCAAGUCGGGCGGCAUCAGCAGCAUGUGGACCGAGACGCCCGAGGAGAAGAUGCGGCGCGUGACCAACGCAGUGCUAGGUCGGGAAGAUCCCAACGCCGCCGGUGGUGGCCGAGGAGGCGGCAAUGCGUUGUCGUCGCGCUACGAAAGCGCGAGGGGCGUCGACGAGUCCCGGGUCCGGGCGUACACUGAAGAAACGCGCGGCCGAAGCCUCGUCGAAGAACACCAGGCGUUGAAACAGGCAGGGAAACUGAAAAAGGCCGCCACCUCCACCGCUGCGCCCCUUGAGGGCCAGAAAACGGUCGAGGAGGAGGACGACCCCAGCAAGCGGGCGUUCGACCGCGAGAAGGAUAUGGCGGUGGGCGGACGGAUAAGCGGCGCCCAGAGACGGCAGUUGCUGAACAAGGCGGCAAACUUUGGUGACAGGUUUCAGAAGGGGAACUAUCUGUGACCACGUAUUGCGAUGGCAGUCUAUCAACAUGCUCAAGGGAAAUUACGCACUCGUGAACUCAACGCUGUAGGUGUUUCUUCACCUGUGGUUCUUCACUUGCUCGUCUCAAUUCGGUCUCUAGACCUCAGGCACGAACAGCUUAUGAAGAGACGAAUCAACUAGGAUCUUGUGCUCAUCGGAUGAUAAUUGAACCUUGCAA